AUGAAAAUCUCGGUCAUCGAUCGAGCUUUUCGAGAAUCGUUCAAGUGCAUUGAGAAGAUUCCCAUGGACAGGUACGACCAGAAGUCAUUAAGAGCUUCCAAUCUUCCAAGCUCGGCUCGCCACUUCGGGUCAUCAGGUGCUCUGACGAGGGUACAGUUAUGGCACCUUCGCGGGCUCGUGCCCAUUUCUAUCACUCAGUUCCGACCGAUUCUCUUCGACCCCGAUUGCCUCGCUAUGAUCCUCCCAGCUGGUGAGCAUUCGUUACAUUUGGGCAGACCGGAAUCUAUGAUCAAAAUAGUAAAUUCCGAUCCUGUACUGUUCACUAUGACUCUCGAGAGCGAGCAGUGUUCGUCGAGAUCCUCAUCCUCGAAGCGUGUUAACAGUUCUGGUCCAGUCGAAGGUUUCAAAAGUUUCUAUGCAUCCGUUACCGGCCGUGACGAGAUCAGAGCACCCGAGUGA